AUGAUUCGAAAACUUGGCUUACUCUGCUCGGUGUUCGUCCUGGUGCAGCACACGGUAUCGGCGUUUCAAGUAUCGGGAGUGACCGAUACCUGGUUCCAUUCACGCAAGUUCUCCUCCGUUUGGCAUUUCGGCAAGCAAAAGAAUGGACGUGGUAAAACUAUGCAAGGUCAAAAUAUGUUACCGAUGGAUUUAACCACCGACACGAUCGCCAUAACGACGACGAUAAGCGGCACUUGGCUCGCCGAAGUCCCCGUCUCACCGGAACCGAUCCACACGGCUUUUACCGUCGCCACCUUUCUACCCCAACCAUUUUGGCUUCUUAUGAUCGCUCUCCCCAACAAUCCGAUUACCAAGAAAAUAAUGGGUGGACUUGAUAUUCCUUUGCUAUGCUGCUUGGUACACUUCUUCAUUGUGGCUACUUCAAUUGUCCAGCAAGGAGCAGGAGUAACGGCACCGCUUUCCGAGUUUAACAACGUCUUUGAUCCCAGUGGCGACCCUCAAAAAGCUUUUAUGGGAAUGACUUCGAAUUAUCCAAAUUUUGUCGCGGAGGAAUGGUCGCACGUGUUGACCUGGGAUAUCUUCGUGGGCCGCUAUGUGUGGAUGGACGGUCUGAAACGUGGCAUCUUUACUGCUCCAGCCGUUCUCUUUUGUAACCUCAUUGGACCUCCCGGUUUGUUGAUUCACUGGAUCACUUGUAAGCUCUCCGGCAAGCCCAUCUUUGAACCCUCCGAAAAACAAGAGUUUGAAAAUCUCUGA